CUGCUGUUGCUGACGGGCCCCAUGCAGUGGGGAAAGUGUGGCAGCCACCAUGGAUUUCUCUAAGUUCCUGGCUGAUGAUUUUGAGGUCAAGGCCUGGGUGAACGGGGCUUUCCGGGCUGUGCAGCAGGAGGCCCCGGGCAAAGUGGAUGCUCACGCAGCUACCCUGGUGAUGAAGUUGCAGCUUUUCAUCCAAGAGGUCAACAAUGCUGUGGAAGAGACGAGCCACCAGGCUCUCCAGAGCAUGCCCAGAGUUCUGCGAGAAGUGGAAGCCUUGAAGCAAGAGGCGGCAUUCUUGAAGGAGCAAAUGGUCUUGGUGAGGGAAGAUAUUAAGAAGCUGGAGGAAGACACCGCGCAGUCGAUGCAGGUACUUGAUGCUCCUCUAUAGGCAGGUGGGACGGGCGCUCUCCUCUUCCUGAGCAAUUGUAGCGGAAUGGAUAAAAAUCAGCAUCCCUAAAAAAAAAAAAAAAGACACAAUGUUAAAAAUGGAUGUUUCAUUCAAGUUGCAGCGCAGAUGUUUUAAAAUUAUACUGAAAUAGUCAUUGGGAUGAAUUUAACUGGUCUCUUAGACUUGUACUCUAUAAAUUACCCAUCAGUUAAGCCCAGAUAUUUAUUUCUGUUUUUCAUUCGAAGGAAAUGGUUCGGUUUAGACCACCUACUCAUCCUUAGAAUCAUGCGGUAGGGAGGAGCCUCAGAGACGAUCUAGUGCAACUCCCUCCUCAGUGCAGGACUUGCUAAAGCAUUUCUGACAAAUGACUUCCCAGGCUUUGUUCAAAACCUCCAGUGAGGGGGAGUAUAGCACUUAGGAGGCAGCCUGCUCCUAUCUAAGCUGAAUCUACUUCUGCUGAUUUUGGUCCUGCUCUCUGGGGAAAGCUUCCCUACCCUUUAGAUAUCUGAAGACUGCUGUCACGUCUCCCCUUGGUCCUCUCCUGCAGGCUAAAUAUUCCCACCUCCUUUAACCAUCCCUCAAAGGAUUUUGUUUUCAGUCCCUGCACCAUCUAGGUGGCUGUCCUCUGAGUUUCAGUUUGUUGAUACCAUUUUAGGCUGUGAUGGCCAGAAAUGGGUACAGUCUUUCAAGUGGGUAUUUCUACUCUGUCCGAGGCAGGCUGGAAAAAUUAGUUCCUGUGAUAUGGACUCUAUGCUGCUGUUAGUACCUCCCAAAAUAGCAUUUGCCUUUUUAGCAGCUGCAUCACACUGUUGGCUCAUGUUCAAUCUGUGAUCUAACAGAACCUAUUGGCUCUCAGACCCUUGGCAGAAUUACAUUUUCAGUAGAAGUCAGGGUAGCUGAAAUCUCCCACUGGCACUGCUGCAGGUCUCUUGAAAGAUUGGAAGACUUAUCCGUAUCUUCUGCCAAUCCUGUGCCUUACGCUUUCCCCAGCUUUGUGCUGUGUGAAAGCUGGAAACAAGAAUUGCCCAUGAGAAAAAGGUGGUUAGAUGGCAAAAAGGGGCACCACCUGUUCAGCACAGUGAGAGCAAGAAUACUAAUAUUUGAUUGGUCAGUUCAAAUCAAUGAGUGAGAUAGGCCACCAGUUAGGAAUAUCCUGACUUUCACUGAGUAUGGGCUGGUUCCGCUUCAGACUUCUGGUCCUGGAGGGCCCUGGCUUGCCUCUUCUGCCACUAAUGGAUGGAUGGUGUUUUGCAUCAACAUCAACAUCAAAAUCAAAUCUAGCCUGAACUGAAAACCAGGUUGCUUGCUCAGAGUUAUCGAGUUAAGUUGUCCUUGGUGUUGAUGGCUUCCCUGCAAAUGGAAAUAGGUUAUGUUAUACCUGAAUAUCACAGGCAAACUACAAUAAA